AUGGCAUCCAAUCUUAUAUAUUACUACGACGCUAUCUCUCAGCCAUGUCGCUCGGUGUUGAUGUUUUUGAACGCCAAUAAGAUCUCUUAUGAAGGAAGAGUACUGUCAUUGUUCUCAGGUGCUUAUAGAAAAUCAGACGAAUUAGCAGCCAUUAAUCCUCAACGUUACCUACCGGUGAUUAAAGAUUCUCAGGUGCAAUUAUUUGAAAGCGAUGCUAUCUUAAAAUAUGUCGCAGAUCAGUAUAAGGUAUCUGAUCAUUGGUACCCAGCUGACUUAGCGAAACGAGCAAGGAUUAACGAGUACAUGUCGUGGCAUCACUCUAAUACUCGAUCAUCAUGCAUUGGUUUGUUUCGUUUGGCCUAUCUUGGUCCUCGAUUUUUUAACAAGAAAGUGGACGAAAAGGAACGUCAAGAAGCUGUCGAUAAGCUAAAUAAAACAGCCGAUUUCAUUGAAAGCUACUUUUUGAAAGAUAGCGAGUAUAUCAAUAGCAACAGUAUCUCAAUUGCCGAUUUACUAGCCGUGUGUGAAUUUAGUCAAUUGAUCAUUGUUGACUAUGAUGUUGCCCAAGGCCGACCGAAAGUAGCAAAAUGGGUGCAAAAUAUUAAAUCUAAUCUAGGCAGUAUUUACGAAGAUGCUCAUGAAAUUGUUUACCAAUUCCAGAAGGAAGUUCAGGAAGCCAAAAAAGCAUAAAUGCUGAGGUUGCUAUGUUUAGAGCACUUCAACCAAUCGAUAAAGAUUGCCAUUUUUACGUCCUGUCGCAACACUGCAUAGAUUAUUUGUACUGUACUUGGUAAUAGAAACAGGAUAGAAAUAAUGAGAUUUUUGCAGACCUCUAACGGGUAUGCUAUGAAGAUUAUACCGAUGCUGUAUGCGACUACAGUAAUGCAUUUUACCCGUAGAUUGCAAUAAUUACAAUCGAAUUAAUUCAACUAACUUUAUAUACUGUAUUAGACUUCGCACAGGGUUAACUACUUAUGCGUAUCUAUCGAUAAAGCGACAAAUGCUUGUUAUUAAUUGUAAAAUGAAGGAUGAAUCGCGUUUCAAUGUUGGUAUAAACCAAUCAGCCUAAUUCUAUCCUAUUUACUGUUGAUUGUUUCAUGACUCUUCGAGAUUUGCAUUUGCUUGCCUUAUGCUAUUUCAAGAUAUUCCAAAUCACGUCCCUCAGAAAUAAACUAAUCUGCACA